ACCUGUUGGCCGCCAACAGGAGAAAACAUCAGUUACCUGUACCGGGAAAUUGAAAACCUGGCCUAUCGGUGCAUUAUUUGCAACCCAAGCGUCUCUCUCCACAGACGGUUUCGCAAUGCUUGUUUGAACAGCACUCAACUGUUUUGGUUGGCAGUCGAGUUGUGGAAGAGGCAAUGCGGUGAGCGGGGGCUCUUUCCUCAUUCUGUUUGUUUGUGUUUUUGCUGCGGCAGAGCAGGGAGCGAACCGGUUCGCUUCCAGUCCUGCUGCCUGCAGCUCUCGCACAGCAGCCCUCAGCGGGCACUUCACUGACUGACCUCCCUCUCUCCGUCCAUCGGAGUCGCCGCUCAGCCCGAUGGACGGCUCGGAAGGGGCGAGCCCACCGCAAAAACGGCCGCAGAAGGGGCUCAGGGAGAGAAUCGGCCGCGUCUUCCACCGCAGCAAGUCGGCGGGCGAUCAGGAGGGGGACCAGGAAGCCCCUGGGUCCGGUAGGAGCUGCUGCAAUCAGGAGCCGGACUCUCCUCCUGUUUCCCAAGUUGGCGGCAGGAGGAGGAGAAGUUGGGGAAGCUGGAAACGGAAGAAAAAGUCCAACGAGCCGUCGGUGAUAUCGACACCUCUGCUAACCUGGCCGAGAAGCGACAUAUCUCUCAGAACCAGUGACUGGAUGCCAGCUGAGGAAGUCAAGCAGAAUUCUGAAGUGGGAAACAACUAUGCCCACAACACAGACAUUGGUGCUCCAGCUUUGUAUUUUGAACAAAGUCCUACAAGUCCAAAAAGCCCAACUGGAAAAUUUGCAAAGUUUCGUUUACCAGGCCUCCAAAAGGCAGAAGAGGGCAAAAAAAAUCAAGUGCUGGACUAUCUGGAAGGUUUGUUUGGCUCCUCAAGAAGAAAGAAUUCAAAAAAUGCAUCCCCAGCAUCUUUAAGCCAAAGCAAUUCCCUGGAGGAAGCUCCUCCCUUGACAAGGGACUUAAGUCAUACAAGGGAGACCACAAUUGUAAGGGAAAUUCCUGAACCAGCAACAUCUUUGAUUUCACAAGACGACAGGUGUGAAGGAGUGACAGAGACUAAAGCAGCUGUCCAAGGCCGAGCAGAGAUAUUGCCUGGCUACCCAGAAGAAAAGGACCUAAUACCAGCUGUUGGUAAUCCAGACAAGUCAUCAGUGAGUUUACCGCAAAAGAUUGGGUCAGCAAAUAAAAAUAUCGUAAUAGCUGAUGUCAACCAGCAGAGCACCAACAGUGAAACUGAGAAACAAGCUGGACCUGAGUGUGCUAGAGAACAAUUAGCUCCAACAUCUGUUGGUAGAAAGCCAGAGAAAGAAUUUGGAGGCAAUGUGUCAGAUGUCUGUGGAAACACUUUGGUGAAUAAAGAGGAUACUUCAUUACCCAAAGUCUGUGCAGAUGCACAUUUGUUCUCAGAUGACAGAGGUGUUAAGGAAUGUGGGAUUGGUGAACUUGAUACCCACUCUAUUAAUGAAAACAAAUCCCAGGUUACAAGGCGAGUAAAAGACACUGAAUUUGUAAAUAAUGACAGACUAGUUGAAUGUCAAUAUGACUGUGAAACCAUUGCUAACUGUGUAGAUAUUCCAGCCAUAAAAGAAUGUGUUUUACCAAUUUCUGAGACUCUAAGGGUUGAGCAGGUAGCUGACAUUAUUGAAAUCAACGUGCAUCCUCCCAAAAUCCAAGAAAAUGCAAAUGUAACCUUGUCAGAAACAUCUAUUUCAUUACCCAUUAACAAUAUUAAUGUGAAACUGAAUGUUUUAGAAAAAACUUUGAAAAAUGUUGAAACUGUUCAGUUGAACCAUUCUGUGGCUCAAGGAUUUAAAAAUGAAACUGAAAACUGCAAUAUUCCACAAGAAGUAUUGUGUGAUUCUACUUUGAAAAAACAACAGAAUUCAUCCAAGGAAGACACAUACACUCAAGAUACUAAAAAUAGCCAGGUGGCAGAGGCAGGAAUUCUUCCUCAGAUUUGUGAAGGUGCAGAAGCCUUACAUGACAUUGAACAAUUAAGAACAAGUAACCUCUCAGUUGAAAAUCAGAACAGUGUGGUGGAAUCAGAAAAAAAUACUGAUAAAACAGUUUACUGCUCCCUCAAUGGCACAAUAAAUUUGAACAACACAGCUGAAAAAUCAACUGCUUUGUUGUCUGAGUCUAUUGAAAUGGAUAAAAAAUCUCCUACGGAAGCCAAACGAGGUAAAAGAAAGGGAAAGAAGAGGAGAUCGCUGAAAUCUGAUCAGCAGUCUGAUAGAGGUACGGGAAGUGCAGAUACUAAUACAUUUGAAGAGGAAACUAAAGGAAUUGAUUCCAAUAAUCCCAACAAGCAGUCUUCUGAAGCUUCGGCUGAAACCACCUCCUUACCAAAGCAAAGUACUCCUUUGCUGCCUCAUCAAACACUAUCAAAAUCUUUUCCAGCCAGUGAAGAAUCUGCACAAGACUUAACAAAGCCAGCUACAUCAAGGAAAAAGAAUUCAAAACAGGUGCCUUGCAAUCCAGCUUCAGGUAACCAAGUCAAGUCUCCAGUAAAAGCUUCUUUGGAAAAGGCCCUAGAUACAGAUAGUGGAUUCUGUGGUUCUGAAAAUGUCAUAUCGACAAGCAGCACUGCCUCACAAUCUGGUCCAAAAGUUGAAAAACAUAUUGCUGCAGAAAAUUUUGAUACUAGCUUUGGUACUGUAGAUAAUAGAGGUGUUGCAGGUUCUGCAAGUAAUGAGGAUUUCAUAUUUUCUUUACAAAGCGCAAAAACAAAUGAACUAGGGAAAAAUUCGGUUGCUUUAAACUCUGCAGAUCAAAAUAAGGCAAUUGCUUCAGUUAGCCAAAUAUGUAAUCAUCAAAACAUGGAAAACUCGAGUUUGACUGAGCAUGGACAUAGCACUGACCUGAGAAUACUGAAAACUCCAGAAAUUAAUGACUUGGAAGGAAUGAAUAUCGACCGUAAUACAAUUACCUCACAACUAUGUUCCACAGUCACUACAAAAAUAAGACUUCCAGCAACUGGAAAGGAAGAUAAAUCUGGCAAUUUGAUCAUAAACCAACAAGGAGCCUGCACUGAAACAAGAACUGAGGAGGAGGAAACCAUUCGAAUUACUCUUCUGAAAAAACAGAAAGCUACAAGUCACCACCAAGUCGACUUCUUUGCCACCAAGGACCUGCCUUUAGGCUCAACGGACAGCAAAAAGUAUGUUGGUAGCCUGAAGAUACAACUGAACAAUAAAUGUGACAAAGAAGCAGAUGACAGUGCAACUAAUAUUGUCCAAAAGAAGCCACAGGCUUCCAAACAUCCUGAAGCAUCUGAUGGUGUCCAUGUAGAGAUGGAUGAUAGUGACACAAAGCAUAUUUCUGCAGAAGACCACAGAAGCAAAGAAUUGAAGAUCGCAAGUGCCCCUAUUGAAAAGAGACCGUUAGAAAUGGUUUCCAAUGCACAAACUGGUAGAUCAGAAGAAAGUAGCUCACUUGGAGUGGUUUUUUCAGAAUCAUGUACAAAUCCUGGUGUGAAAGAUCAAUCAUUUUCUAUUGAUAGGCUUACUUCUGGAAUGACUUCACAAGAAAUUGAUGCCCCCAUUAAAGGUGCUGGAGAACACAUGGGUCACUUAGCUGCAGCCGGCAGUGAUAUUUCCCGAUCUGUACCAUUGACUGGAGCUGAAUUGCAAAGUAGAGAAAUCAAAGUAAAGACAUCAUUACCAUUAAGUGUACAGAUUUAUGAAAGCACAGAAUCUGAAACUGAGAGUGUUGCCCCCACACAGAAUAUUAAUGAGCAAAAGACUAUGCAAGGUGAGGCACAAAAUGAGCAUGUCCAGCCUGUUCAGCAAAACCCACCCAUUGUAGAAAAACAUGACAUGAAAGUUAAGGAUGCAGCAUUACCACAGAAAGUUCAAACAUCCCCAACUCCAGUGCCUGAUAUCAAAGACAUGAAUGUGGUCGAAAAGUGUACAGAAGACGAUGCAAUAGUUGAAACUGCUCAACAAAGUCUACCAAAACCUCAACGUGGAGAGAUAAAUGAUAUAACUUCACUUGAGAGCACACAAAUAUCUGAAACUACAACUGAUGUUGGGAAGGAAGUAUCUGCAAAGAGUGAUGGCAAAAUGACACCUGAAUCAGGGGCAAAAAAGGGUGAAUUUGCACAGAAUAUUUCACCAUUGCUGCAAAAUAGAGAUUCCAAAACACAGAAUGCACUUCCUCAGCCUGAACAAACACUUAAAAACACUAUGUCUGAAAUAGAAAAGGGCUCAAGUAUAAACAUGACUAAUGAGCAGGAAAGCUUCCAUUUGAUAGCAGUUGAAGGUGCCUUACCUGUGCACUUAAGUCCAACACAGACACAACCAAGAAACUCUGACAGAGGAGCCACAAAACCUUACAUUGUAGAAGUGUCAAAAAUAGAGGAGGACAAAACAGGCACAGAUGAUGCUGUUCAACCUUUGCAAAAUAGCACAAUAAACUCAACAUGUAAGGGAAAAGAAAUACAUGACAUACAAACUUUGUGUGUAGAAGCGUCUAAAAUUGCAAUGCAUGAAAUUAAGACAGACACCCCUUCAAAUAUUAGUAGUAACACCAAGGUGGGUUCAAAUAACGCAAAAGGGGAGAUUGAACUGUCUUUACAACAGAACACGCCUCUACUACAAAAUAAUGACACUAUCACUUUUAUUGCGCUAUCACCAGACGCUGAAAAUAAUAACAAAGUGCCUGCAAACAGUUUUAAUGAAUUGAAUACUUUGACCAGUGAUGACCUCAUCCUACCUGUACAAAAAUGGAUGGCUGAAAGGCAAUGUACAGGAUCCAAAGUAAAAGACUUAGAAGCUGGUUGUUUGGAGACAUCUACUACAGCAUCUGAAAUGAUGAAGGUUGCCACAGAAAAUGGUACUAAUGACACAGGCACUGGUUCCCCUGCAACAAGAGGAGUGUUUUCCCUACCUGUAGAGCAAUACACAUCUGCAUUAGAAAAUAGGAACUUUGAUGUUAGAGAGGAAAUCUUGACCCAGAGCCUAGAAACAGCCAAGAGCACUGGAGGCAAAAUGAAUAAGAAUUCUUCUGCAAAAGAGCAAAGGCCUAGUUUAGAGUCUGCAAUAAACAAUUUUGGUCUACCUAUCUUAUCAAGCACGCCUAAAGUACAGCAUAAAGAGAUGGAACCAAGGAGAGCAGUAUCACUUUCAAAUGUAGAGGCAUCUGCAGAAAACAUGUCCAGACCUGAAGAUGCCCAAUCCGCAAAUUACAUUGCAAAACAUUCUCAGCUAGGCGGAACAACAAAUGAAUUUUCUCUGUCUGCCCAGAAUGUAGGAGAAUUGCAUCCCCAGGACAUUAUGGUCCAAACAUUCGUAGUUGAUGAUAUGUGGAACACACAAACAACCUCAGAUUCUGAGGGGGGAAGAGGAAUUAACUUUCCAUUAAGUGACGUAAGUAGUUUAGACAGCUCUUCUGAUAUGGAUAGCUUUACAGAAACAAUUCGGAAAUAUGGCAAUCCCAUUCAACUGCCUCAGAAGAGGCAACGAGUUCCUAAAGUGCCUUCAGUGCCACCAUUUGCCAUGCCACCAAUCCAAGAAGAUCAUACAUCACCAAAGAAGGAGAAAACAUUUGAUCCAACAUCAUUCAAAUUUGGUUUAAUGAAAAAUAAACAUAAAACCGAGCCACCUUCCUCUCUCUUCAAAAUGCACCAAGUUGAAACAAAAUCCAAAGUAGUCAAACGUGUAUCUGCAGAACAAAGCUUGCUUUUUAAAUCUCUUGCAAAUAAAAGCUCACAUUUGGGUUUACCAAAACAGCAAAAGGCAGCAAAUGAUCUUGCUUCUGAAUCAAGCAGUAAAAGAUCACGUUUAGAGAUUGAUGAGGUAACUACACAGAAUUGCAAACCAUCCACUGAAGCUGUGAUGGAACCUACUGAUCUCACACUAUUUCCAAAAAGUGAUGUUGUUCAAGGAUUUCAAUUUGAUUUGUCAAAUUCAACUUUUCCUGAAACCCAGUUGCCAAGCUUUAUGAAAAACUAUUUGAAAUCUAACACUUCUGAGGUAGAAAAGAAACCUGCUGAGUCAGAACAACAAUCAGAAAAUGGAUUAACUAUCCCUAACAUAAAACACAAUUUCUUGGAAAAUAAUACCGAUUUUACAAACGUAUGUGCAGUUGACAGUCCACUUGCAUUUCAAGGAUCAAGCACUAUAGAUGGCAAUCAAAAUGCCUCAAGCUUAUUCAAUACAGACCUGUUCACUCCAAAGUCAGUAUUGUCUAAUCUUCCAGAAGUUGGGAUACCUGGAACAAGAGACUCAGCAUUGAAUUCUAGACCUGGAAAGAUUGUCAUCUAUGAUCAGAACAGACUGGGUGGAAAAGCUAUUGAAGUCUUCCAUGAUGUUGAAGAUGCUACCUCUUGGCAGCUGUCCUCUGAAAUUUCCCUAAGGGUAGUAAGAGGCUGUUGGAUCCUUUAUCAAAAGCCUAACUUUGAAGGUGAUAAAAUUGCAUUGGAAGAAGGUUUCUUGAAUCUUGCAGAUAUUUGGGGAAAGGAGAUGGCUGAAGACAGUUGUGAUGAUACAUUACUUUCUACCCCUAAUGAGUGUUUGAUUGGCUCUUUAAGAAGAAUAGUCAAGAAAUGGGGUUUACCAGAAAUAGAUUUAUGCACGGAACUAGAUGGUCUGGGAAGAAAAACAACAUACAUCGAUGACGUGGAAGAAAUAGAAACAUAUGGUAUUGUGGAGCCAACACUAUCCAUUGAAGUAUUUUCGGGCACUUGGGUUCUAUUUGAAGAGCCUUUCUAUCAAGGAAAUUCGUAUAUUGUGGAGCCUGGUCAAUAUCCUUCUCCAGAAUCUUGGUAUGCAGUGAAUCCAUUCAUAGGCUCGCUGAAACCAUUGAAAAUGGGUCCAUUGAAAGUGGAAAAGAUUAAUGACAACAGAGUUAUUGCGUAUGAAAAGCCUUUCUUUGAAGGCAGACAGCUGGAGCUCAAAACAGAUGUAUUCAGCUUUGUUGAAGGAGUUGGAGAAUCAGCUUUGUGCCACACUUAUCCAUUUACAAAUAUUGGCUCAAUGAAAGUUUUAGGAGGAUUUUGUGUUGGCUAUGAGAAGCCUGGGUUUCAAGGCCAUCAAUAUGUUUUGGAAGAAGGCGAGUACCAAACGUGGAAUGAUUGGGGAGGCUACAAUGAAUACCUCCAAUCUUUGCGGUUUAUCCAGAUCAACACAUCAACUCCAGUCAUGAUAAUGUAUCGUGAAGCAAAUCUCUCUGAGAAAGGUGGGAAUAUUGAAGUAUUGGGACCCAUUCCAGACUUGCAAGAUACCGAUUAUGGGUUGAGGACAGAGUCUAUAAAUGUGCUCAGUGGAAUCUGGGUUGCAUAUGAGAGUACUGACUACACAGGUGAACAGUAUGUUCUGGAGAAAGGACUUUACAGUAGCUUGGAAGACUGGGGCGCGAUAAGUUCAAAAAUCUCCUCUGUUCAACCCGUUCUCUUGGAUAUUGAGGACAGUGAACUUUCUAAGUUCAAGGUGCAUUUUUUUUCGGAGCCUGAAUUUCAAGGGAAUGCACAGAUUUUUGACGUGGACACAGCCCAAUUUCCAGAUGGUUUCUCACCCAAGUCCUGCAAAGUUCAAUCUGGCAGCUGGGUGGCUUAUGAUGCAGAGAAUUUCACUGGUAACCAAUAUGUACUCGAGGAGGAAAUCUAUCCUGAUUUGAUCAUGAUGGGAUGUACAAAGGGUGACUGUAUAAAAUCUGUGAAGAAAGUAGAUUUUUGCUUUUCUAUUCCAGCAAUAAUUCUCUUUGCACGGGAGAAAUUUCAUGGAAAGAAAAUUGAAUUGGCUUCAGAAAUGCGGAAUCUGGCUUUGGAGGGAUACAAUAAUCAUAUCUUUUCUGUUAAAGUUACUGGUGGCAUAUGGGUGGCUUAUGAAUGCGGCAACUAUCAAGGACAUCAAAUUUUGCUACAGCCCUGUCAGAUAUCUAACUGGCAUCAGCACACUGGAUGGCACAGGAUUGGUUCUUUACGCCCUUUACCUCAGAGUCGAGUGUAUUUUCGGAUACGAAACAGAGCUACUAGAACAUUCAUGACAUUUGCCGGAGACUUGAAUGAAAUCCACAUGGUACGCGUGCAAGCUUUAGAAAGCACAGGAAUGGAUGACCAAAUCUGGUUCUACCAAGAUGGAUUUAUCAAAACCAAGAUGGCAGACGAUUGCUGCAUGGAUGUGAUUGGAAACUUUCUCGGUCCAGGUUCAAGAUUAGGAAUCUCUGUGCAGAACAGCAAAGACAUUCAUAUCUGGAACAUCAGUUCAGAUGGAGUCAUACUGAGUGGAAUAAGACCUGACCUAGUUAUUGAUAUAAAAGGUGGCCAGCAAUACGACCAGAAUCAAAUCAUUCUCAGCAGAUUUGAUGAGGUUCAACAAACACAAAGAUGGGACCUGGAAAUCCUCUGAUUCAUUCCUCGUGGAAACAGGAAAUCAAAGACAAGGCACUUUUGAAAGAUUGUGAACCUUUUCAUUUUACAAUCAGUAGUGCAAUGUUUCACUUUUAAGUGAAUGCCAGACACAAAACACUGGAAUUCAUGGCAAGACUGGUGGGAAAGUCAUCUCAACUAAAUGUUUAUUUCUAAGCAAGUACUGCUCACUCUAUGCAACAUAACCAAAUCUGAUGUAGGGUCUUAAGUCUUUAUCAUUUUUCAAGAUUAGUUCAUGUAUUGGCAGCAGGGACUGGUUGCUAUUGUUUCAGUAUCAAAAUGAAACACUCUCAUUCCUGGUGUAAACACUUUGAAAUCCUACUUUGUUUUAAAAGAAUAAAUACUUGAUAAAUGCUGUGCUCACUCUAUGGUUUUAUUGAACAUCAGAAGGCUUGUUUAUUGUUUGGGUUUAAUGUCUUCUAUUACUGAUGCAGCAUGUUAGGAUUGUUUAAGUAUGUUUCUUCACAAAAGCAAAACCAGACCAACACCAUUUGUCUGGUGUAGUUGCUAUACAUAUCAAUCAAGUCAUAUCUGAUUCCAUUAAUUUCAAAGGAGUUAUUCACACAGUGGAGAAAAUAAGAUUGAAUAUCAAUAACAUUGAAUGCCAUAAUCAUUGUAAAUGGUAACAUCUACAUUUCAGAGUAUUAUGUAGCUUGUUAUUCUCAUGUUCAAGGUCGUAAGGUAAAAUGUUGGGAAACAAGUUACUAUUUUAUUGCACCAUGACAUCCUUGCAGAUAAGCUGAAUUAAUUUAUGUAGCAAGCACUGUGCCACUGUCUCCCUGUUUGUUCAAAACAUGAAAGUAUUUAUAAGAAACAUUUAGUCAGAUGACAUGGACAUGAGACUCUCAAGAAAUUUACAGCAACUGUGCUCUCUAUUUUUAAAUCAAUUAACAGAAGUCAAUUCAUUUUAGUUUCUUAGGCAAUUUAAGAACUGUCCUUUGAAACGGUGUUGGUCCCAGUUAGAGUUCCCAGUUUUAAUUUAGAGUUUUAAAUUACUGCCAAUAUGUUUAGUGUUUGCAUUAAUAACAUUCUAUGUAGUUAAAACGUUUAGUAACACAAAGAUUGAAAAAUAAAACAUUCCAAAGAGCUACCCAACAACAGGUCCUACUGAAAGUGAUGAUAGCAUGGUUGCCUUGGUGUUAUUUCACUUCUGCUUGUGUCACACAUUGAGACAUCUUACUGGCAGGCCAGGAUUUGUUUUAUGUUAGAGAAUCAGUAGAUGUUUAUAAACUACUGUUUUGUUUGAUAAUUGCAUCAAGGGUUGUAAUCUCUAUCAGUUGUAGCAAUUUGUAAUUUGAGAAUUUUUUUCACCUUUUAAUUGAUCAUGUUAAGUAUACAGAACUUCUGUCAGAUGCUUUAUUGAUUGUUUGAGGUAAUGGGAAUAACUUGAGAACUGUAUCAGUGUGGUGGUAUAGUUUUACACUGAGAUUUUAUGCUGUCUAAAUUUACCUAUGUUACCCCAAUUCCUUGCUUUCACCAGCUGAACUAUUGUUACACUAGCUCUUGACAAUUAUUUUGAUGAAUGGUGGACUGUGUUUUAUUACCCAAUUUAUUACCUACAGCAGCUGCACUACUGUUUUCAUUCAAGGUACUGAACCAUGUUUAUGUAACAACUUUAAAUAAAACGUACAAUGUUUUGA